AUGAAUAAAGUCCCCGUUCGAGUUGAUGGAAGAUUUAGACUGGGGGACGUACUAGGAUCUGGUUCAUAUGCUGUCGUGUACCGCGCACAAAACAUCAUAAAUGAUGAUGUAGUUGCCAUCAAACUGGAACCCAUCGUCAACAAUUCAUCUUCUCUGCAGUGCAAAUACCACAUUCUGAAACAACUCGAAGGUGGAGUCAGCAUACCCCAUGUACUUUGGUUCGGCAGAGAGUCAAUAUACCAUGCUCUGGCUCUCGAGCUCCUUGGUUCAUCACUGCAUGAUAUAUUCCUUUCGCACGAUCAGAAAUUCAGCCUUCAUACUGUCGUUAAUCUUGGUGACCAACUGCUCUCAUGUCUCGAAUACAUUCACUCGCACAACUACGUCCAUGGUGACAUCAAACCACAGAAUGUCGUGGUGGGUCUCGACGAUUUGAGGCACACUGCCUUUAUUAUCGACUUCGGUAUUGCCAAGGAGUACUGCAACACGUCAACCAGAAUGCACAUACCAUUUCGCCAUGAUCGACGUCUUACUGGCACCCCCGCAUUUGCCUCAAUCAACAACCACCUAGGAGUUGAGCCAGGUCGCUGCGAUGAUCUCGAAUCACUGGCAUAUAUGUUGAUAUAUUUUUUGUGUGGCUCCCUCCCAUGGCUAUCCAAUGACCACGAGAAGACUUCUAGUGCUGCCAUACUCGAGCGCAAAAUAAACACUACCGUUGAAGCCUUGUGUCAUGGAAUUCCUGUCGAGUUCGCGAGUAUUCUCGUUUACUCGCGCUCUCUUGCAUUCUCGGAGGAUCCUGACCAUGGCUAUCUUCGUUUGUUACUGCAUGGUCUUCGUGCCACCCUACCUGCAUCAGCUACACGCUUGCUUGAUUUCAACAAGCCUGAUGAUCUUACCACACAUACUCCUGCAUUCUCUAAUGAAUAUCGGGUGACUGAGGUGACACCCCCAUGUCUGCUGAAGGAAAUGCCUCUUCGCCAAUCAACUCGUAUGUGA